AUGCACACACAAGAGACAUGGACUCGAAACUCGAUCACUCGCCUACUCUACGUAUUGCCCAGCACAUUGCAAGUCCCAGUAGAUCUAUUGACCAUUUUCCCUGCCCAGCUCAGCCUACGUCCAAGUCUACUGUACAAUGGCACCGUAGCAAGCCAGGGUGUCUCACCCACAAAGUCGAUUCGGCCCUGGAGCCGAGGACGACCAGCUAGUACUCUACUGUCUACUUGUCGACUUUUUCCACCUGGCUUCCCUGCUCGCAAGCCAAGGCGGCACGAUGAUGUCAGCCGUCGAUCUUGCCCUCGCCUUUUGCCUCUCUUUGCCUCCUUGGCCCAGCCCGUCAACCAGGCACGUGUGGUGGUGAGACGGGGCAGAAAGACAAGACAAGGGCCAAGGGCCAAGGGCCAAGGGGAGGAGAACCUCUCUUCUCUCUGGUUUGGCGAAGAGCCGACUGCUCAAGGGGGGUUGGCCGGAGAGGGCCGGUUUGGGUCUUUUAUCGUCGUCGUGGGCACAUCCUCCUCAGCCCGCAGUCCUCCAACUAGUGGCGUGGCAGUGCUGGCAAGGCCAACAGCCUUCAAGAAGAAUCACGACCAGAGUCAGGGUCACUGUCUAGAUGCUCUAGAUGCAGGCUCGCAUGGCCAGCGGGCUCGCGAUGCAAUCAAUACUCUUGGAGUAGAUGAUGGGAGGGAAGGACUCUACCAUACUUGUCUUACUGUGUAA